AUGGCGAGUGCCCGUGGGACAGAGCCUGAUGCUGAGGAUGCAGCUGAGCCCGAAGAGGCCAUUGACAAGGAGGUGAUGCCCUGUGAGAGGAUGGAGCUGAGCCAGCGCCUGGCUGUGGAGGAGCUCAUCACCACUGAGGCCAGCUAUGUCCACAACAUCCAGCUCUGUGUGUCAGACAUCCGGGCACACCUCGAGAAGAAGCAGCUGCCUGAUCUUGACCUGGAAGGACUCUUCUCAAACACUGAUGACAUCCUCCACAUUUCCAGACGGUUCCUGAAGGGUCUAGAGGCCACAGCCACCCAGGAGCACGAGCAGCUGCUCUGCAUCAGUGCCCUGUUCCAGGAGUUCAAGGAGGAGAUGGAGAUUGUCUACAAGAUCUACUGUGCCAGCUAUGAUCACGCCCUCCUGCUGGUGGAGAGCUACCGCAAGGACCCCAGGCUGCAGGAGGAGAUCUUGGAGACCCUACAUGCAACAGUGCCUCACACAGGUGCGUCGGACCUCAGCUUCUUCCUGGUGAUGCCAGUGCAGAGGGUCACCAAAUACCCGCUGCUGCUGGGGAAGAUCCUGGAGAACACCCCCACCAGCGCCAGCACCUACCCAGCCCUGCAGGCAGCCGUCCGCGCCAUGGCCCAGGUCAACGCCAACAUCAACGAGUACAAACGGCAGAGAGAAGUAGCAACCAAAUAUAACAAGGCUGAGCACCUGACGCUGCGGGACCGCUUCGCACGCCUCAACACGCACUCCAUCGCCAAGAAGACCACGCGGCUGAGCCGGCUCUUCAUGCACGAGGCCGGCAUCGUGGCCAAGACAGAGGACAAGGAGUAUGAUGACCUGGAGGAGAAGUUCCAGUACGUGGUGUCCAGCGUUGCCAUGCUGAAGGAGAAUGUGGCAUCCUACCUGGGCCAUUUAGAGGUAAAACCCUGAUAAUUUGCAGGCACUUGGCCCCAUCCACGUGAGCUGCAGAUCGAUGAGGGACCUGCCCAGCAGUACCGCCGCUUUGCAGAACACCUGCACUGCACUGUUUUCCCAGAGUUUAAGCGACGGCUGGACAGGCUGGGGUGCCGCCCUAUGCUGGUGGGGCCACAGCAGCUGGUCAAGAAGCGCCUGGACAAGCUGCUGGACUAUGAGGAGAUCCAGGAGCGGAAGAGUGAGAUGGGCAGUGUGACAUAUGAUGAGGAGGCAGCCAUGAACACCUACCUCGCCAUCAAUGCCUUGCUCGUAGCUGAGCUUCCACGGUUCAACCAGGCAGCUCUGCAGCUCCUUGGGCAGAUACUGUGCUCCUUCAGUGCUCUGCAACGGGACUUGGCUGCCCAGGUGCUGCACCAGGCAGAAAAGGAGCUAGAGCAGAUGCCCCAUGGCCACAUGCCUCUACCCAGUUUCUGGAAGAUGGUGGGAGACACCUUGCAGCAGUCUGGCACUCAGCUCCGUACCUUCUGCCAGACAUUUGAGAUGGUGACACCAAGCCCUGUGACACAGCCUCUGAACCCUGCUGAGGAGCGAAAGGUCCUUUCCCUUGUGAGCAAGCACGGCCCAGACAAGCUUUACCAAGUGACAAGCAACAUCAGUGGCAGCAAAGACUUGGACCUGACCUUGCAAAGAGGACAAGUUGUAGCUCUGCUGCAAAGUGUGGACACUAAGGGGAACACAAGCAGAUGGCUGGUGGAUGCUGGAGGUCCCCGAGGGUUUGUGCCUGCUGGAAAACUCCAGCCCUAUGGCCCGGUACAAAGCCAGCAGCCUGGGAUGCAGAUGCCAACCCUGGAGACGGGCACAGAAAUAAGGAGGCAUUCAUAUGCAUCACCUGAAGCUCCCAGGCCCCAAGUGGCCACCUUCACCCCAGCUUUCCAGGUGGUUGCCGGCUUCUCCUUCGCAGCCAGGAGUCCACAGGAGGUGAGCCUCCAGGCAGGGCAGCCCGUGGUGGUGCUGGAGCCGCAUGACAAGAAGGGGAGCAAGGAGUGGAGCCUGGUGGAGGUGAAUGGCCAGAGGGGCUAUGUGCCCUCCAGCUACCUGGUGACUGUCCCUGUGCAGGAUCCCAUGGGCUGGAGCUUGCCCGUGUGA